GCCUCAUUUGUUGCCUGGUCAGCUUGUCUACCAGCUCCGUCGUUGCACCCAUCGCUCCUGCGUUUUCGCUGUAGCGUCUCUUAUAAUCUCUGGCCUGAACACCCUUUCUGGCCAGUGCUCUUUGUGCUUAUAGCGCCUCGAAUCUUUCCUCGUUGACGGAGCUUACCUCGUUAUUCGCCAGAUCGUGUCCACCCGUUCAUCCUUAGCAUUUCCGAUCCACCGUCCAUUUCGCCUUGAUCCGAGCGUCUCCACUACUCAGAUCCGAUCCUCUCCACGUCGAUCAGCGAAUCUUGGGUUUCAGAUCAGCGCUACAGCCAUGUUUAGGAGUCUUCUGCGGGUGGCGCCGGCUGUUCGGGCCGCUGCAGCCCGGUCGUCCACGUCCAGUGGGAGCAGCAGCCACAGAGUCGCACAGCACCAAUGGCAGCGGGGCUAUGCCGCCAAGGACAUCCGCUUCGGCGUGGAGGCACGGGCCGCCAUGCUGCAAGGGGUGGAACAGCUCGCUGACGCCGUGCGGGUUACCAUGGGACCCAAGGGUCGGCAAGUGGUGAUCGAGCAGCCGUACGGGUCGCCCAAGAUUACCAAGGACGGAGUCACCGUGGCGCGGAGCAUCGAGUUCAAGGACAAGCUCAAGAACCUCGGCGCCAGCCUCGUCAAGCAGGUGGCGUCCACCACCAACGACACGGCGGGCGAUGGCACCACGUGCGCCACCGUGCUCACGCGCUCCAUCCUCCUGGAGGGGUGCAAGUCCGUGGCGGCGGGGAUGAACGCCAUGGACCUCCGGCGGGGGAUUUCCCUGGCUGUGGAGCGGGUGAUCGAGCUGCUCAAGGAGCGGUCCAGGCGCAUCAGCACGUCCGAGGAGAUCGCUCAGGUUGGCACCAUCUCGGCCAAUGGCGAGAGGGAGAUCGGAGAUCUGAUUGCGCGGGCCAUGGAGAAGGUCGGCAAGGAGGGCGUCAUCACCGUCGCGGACGGCAAGACGCUCUAUAACGAGUUGGAGGUGGUGGAGGGGAUGAAGUUCGACCGCGGCUACAUCUCGCCCUACUUCAUCACCAACCCCAAGACGCAGAAAUGCGAAUUGGAGAACCCCUUGGUGCUGGUGCACGAGAAGAAGAUCGCGGGACUCAGCUCCAUCCUGCCCGUCCUAGAGAUCGCCCUCAAGUACCAGCGCCCGCUGCUGAUCAUCGCAGAGGACGUGGAGAGCGAGGCUCUGGCCACCCUGGUCGUGAACAAGCUCAGGGCGGGACUCAAGGUGUGUGCGGUGAAGGCGCCUGGGUUCGGCGAGAACAGGAAGAACAACAUGAUUGACAUCGCCACGCUCACCGGCUCGCAGCUCAUCAGCGAGGACCUGGGCUAUUCCCUGGAGAAGGUGGAUGUGUCGCACCUGGGGUCCGCCAAGAAGGUGACUAUAUCGAAGGACGACAGCAUCAUUCUGGAUGGUGCCGGCGACAAGAAGGCUCUGGAGGAGCGGUGUGAACAGAUCCGGGAGGCCGUGGCCAACGCCACGUCGGACUACGACAAGGAGAAGCUGCAGGAGCGCCUGGCGAAGCUGUCUGGCGGUGUGGCCGUGCUCAAGAUCGGGGGGGCGAGCGAGGUGGAGGUGGGGGAGAAGAAGGACCGGGUGACGGACGCGCUCAACGCCACCAAGGCCGCAGUGGAAGAGGGCAUUGUGCCGGGCGGGGGUGUGGCGCUGCUGUACGCGUCCAGGGACCUGGACACCCUGACCGCGGAGAACUUCGACCAGAAAGUGGGCAUCCAGAUCAUCCGAGACGCGCUCAGGACCCCAGCCCUGACCAUCGCCAACAAUGCGGGUGUGGAGGGAGCAGUGAUUGUAGGCAAGCUCCUGGAGCAGAGCAACCUGGACUGGGGCUACGAUGCUGCCAAGGGCGAGUAUGUCGACAUGGUGAAGGCAGGCAUCAUCGACCCACUCAAGGUGAUCCGCACGGCGCUGGUGGACGCUGCCAGCGUGGCGUCCCUCAUGACCACCACUGAGGCGGUGGUUGUGGACCUUCCGGAAGAUGCCAAGCCUAACCCCAUGGCGGGGAUGGGUGGCAUGGGCGGCAUGGGCGGCAUGGACUACUAGACGUGAUUUAGGGUUGAUGCUGCCAACGUGGCGUCAUUUUUUAUCGCCACCGAGGCCGCCGUCGUCGGGGUGGCAUGGACUAGACAGGUGGUUUGGAUUGGAUGGCAGGGAUUAUCAGUUGGACACAAGAGAGGAUCUAACCAGGGAGACGCAAAGCUGACAACAUUGAUUGUGUGAAGCAAGGUGCGGGGGUGGGUCUGCAUUAGAACACAAGCAGUAGGCCUAGUAUGAGCAUAAAUUUUAGUUGGCACCUUGCUGUGCCCUGCCCUUAGUUUGGGGGGGGAGAGCAAAGCUCCAAGAGGAUUUGUGUGCCUCUUCUUCACAAUGCAGAGUUUUCUUCACAUUCAACUGUGAGAACACUGAUACUAAUGCCACAACCGUGCAGGUGUGCGUCCAACCUAGCGGAUAUG